AUGUUUGGUCAAAAUGCUGGUACCGCAAAUACUAACACACAAUUUGGCGGAUUUGGCACAGGUUUUGGAAACAAGACUAAUACUACAGGGUUCGGCUCCAAUACUAGCACGCUAGGAGGUACCAAUAAUGCUGCCCCUGCAGGUGGACUCUUUGGUAGUCAAAAUACUGCUGCUUCAGCAGCCCCAGGCGGUGGUCUAUUUGGUGCACAGAAUACUGCUGCUUCAGCACCUGGAGGUGGUUUAUUCGGUCAAAAUAAACCAACCACUACUGCUUCGACAGGCCUAUUCGGCCAAAAUACCACUAAUGCUACCGGUACCACAGGCGCUGGAUUGUUCGGUAAUAAGUCUGCUACUGGUACCGCCCCUGGCGGUGGUUUAUUUGGUCAAAGCAAUACUGCAACUGGUACAUCGAUGAAUGCUGGUGGUAGCCUAUUUGGCAGUAAUAACACUACCACUACAGGUGGUUUAUUUGGCUCUACUAAUACAAACACCCCCGGUGCAACUACUUCUACUACAGGGACCGGCCUGUUCGGCGCCAAACCAGCAGCUACCGGAGGGCUUUUUGGUCAAAGUAAUACAAAUACUGGUGCCACAACUACGGGAGGACUUUUCGGUUCAAAACCUGCAGGAUCUUUAUUCGGUAGUAGCAAUAAUGCAACGCAACCUAGUUCUUUAGGUGGUACCACUGGUGGUGGCCUUUUCGGUAACACUGGCUCUUCAACCCUAUUUGGCGGAAGUAAUCAGGCACAAACUACAACGGGGGGACUAUUUGGCUCGACACAACCACAAUUACAACAACAACAGCAGCAACAAUCUGCAUUACAAUCUAUUUCACAACUUCCAAUAACUCCAAUGACCAAAAUUAGUGAUUUACCAGUGCAAUUACGUCAAGAAAUUGAACAAUUAGAUCAAUACAUACAAAGACAAGUUCAACUUUCACAACACUUAAGAGCUGGUACAAAUGAACAUAUAGAAUUAAUCCAGUCGAUUCCACGUGAUACAUCCUACCUGCUGAACACACAAUCUAUAACGAAUCAAUCAUUACAAAAGGAUUUGAAAAAAGUUUUGAAAGUCAAGAGCUUAACUGAUCAAAAUAUCUCAGAUUCACAAACAUUCUCAAUUAUCCUACAACAAUUGCUCACCCCCGGAAGCAAAAUUUCAUCGUUGGAACUGGACAAAUUCUUCCAAAAUAAAAUACAAAUUUAUCAAAAUAAACUGGAUGAUUAUUCAAAUGUCUUGAAUGACAUUGAAAGUGCAAUUAAUGGUAUAAAUAAUGAUAUAUUUGGUACAACUUCCCCAUUAGAAAAUACUGCAUUGAAUAAAAGUUUAAAAUCGGCUUCUCAUGAUUUUUCUGAAAUCUAUGCCUUGAAAACAGGUUUACACUCCAUUAUUUCGACUGUGAUUGAGGAAUUUAGUUUAUUCAUGGAUACUGCACAACGUAUUGCAGAAUUGCAUCAGAAAAUUAGAGAAGCUACUAGCGCAAAUUAG